GCGACGGUCGCCUUCAGCCUUAUUCUACAUUUCACCACCAAUUGAUCAAGUCACCAACCACUCUCCACCUUCACCGUGACUAGUUAGCUGCAUUUCUUGCAUCCGACACUUCUACACAAGUCACCGGUUCUCCAUACUGCACUCAACUACCAUGACUUCCAAGCAAGACACCUCCAUUCCCGUUUCGUACGACGAAUUGGUCGACAAGAUCGAGACGGGUUACGUCGACGCACUGAACACACCGAAGCUCGCUUCUGCUUCGCUAGGCAAGCCUGUCUCACCUUACGCCGUGCAGAGCGUGCACAUGCGCGAGUGUUUGGCCGAGUUCCUCGGCACCUUUGUCAUGAUCAUCUUCGGUAUGGGCGUCAACAACCAGGUCGUGAACUCCGAGGAGAAGAACGGCACAUGGCUCAGUAUCAAUAUGUGUUGGGGCGUGGCCGUACUUAUCGGUGUCUAUUGCUCGGAAGGCAUUAGUGGUGCCAACCUGAACACCGCCGUGACACUGGCGCACUGCGUAUAUGGCCGUCUGCCGUGGUGGAAGGCACCGGGCUAUAUGGCGUCCCAGUUGUUGGGAGCCUUCUGCGGAGCCUUCAUCAUCUACGUCAUGCAGUACCAGAACCUCAACGUCAUCGACCCGUACUGCGAGACCACACAGAGCAGCUUCGCCACGUACCCGAGUGACAACAUCUCCAACUACACAGCCUUCUACACCGAGUUCAUCGGUACAGCUAUGCUGGUGCUUGGCGUGUACGCUAUCACGGAUAGGCGCAACAAGUCUGCAGGUCCCGUGGGCUCCCCCUUCGCCUUCUGUCUGCUCAUCUGGGCUUUGGGUAUGGCGUUCGGCAUGAACACGGGUUACGCCAUCAACCCCGCUCGCGAUUUCGGUCCUCGUCUCUUCACGUGCAUGGCCGGGUGGGGCACCAAAGUGUUCGCGUUACGUAACUACUACUUCUGGAUCCCGAUCGUGGCUCCGCUGUGUGGCGGCGUGGCCGGCGCGGGUCUGUACCGCGUGAUGGUGGAAAUGCACCACCCGCAGCCAUUACAAUAAGUGUCAGCGUUGAUUGAAAAGCACCCCGCCAGCAGGAGUUUAGACUGCAACUUCACGGAAUAGAGUUCACAUUUUGUUUUUAAUGUUUUUUUUUCAGGAUCGCUCUUACGGCAAAUACGUUUCAGUAGUUCCCU